AUGGACCACUCGAUCGUUGUGGAUUUUGCCGAGGCUACGUCUCGGUACGAAUAUUACCGUGUCAAAUUUCUGCAGAAAAAUUUGCCCUCUUCGUUUCGUUACAAUGACAAAGAGUCUAAAGAUCAGAACCUCAACCGAUUGGCACUUUUUGCGUUGCAUCCAAAAACAACAUUGGCAUGCUUCUAUUCGUUUAAGAAGAUCUUUCUUGAGUUAAUUGGCCGUUGGGUCAAUUCUCGCGAACAGUUUGAGAAGGCCUAUUGUGAGGCCCACUCCAUCAGUAUCCCCCAAAUUACUGGUCAACACAUAUUUUUAGCAUUGUCUCGAGUAUCUCCAAUCUUUCAUGAAUGCUCCAGCUUUAUCGAGACCUUAUUACACAAAACUGAACUCUUAGCAUUCGCCGAUGGUGCCUCAUCCCCAGAAGAGAUCAGAGAUGUCCUCUUGGCCUUGUACCGUAUCUACAAAAGCCAACCUAGCAGAUUCAAGACACAUAUCACGUCCGAGAAGUUGUACAAAAUUCUCUCAUUGGGCGAUGAGUACGCUGCUGCCAAAUUUCUAGCCAUCAAGGUCUUGAGCAUCUACCUCAAUGCCGCCGAGGUAGCUGAGAACAAUAUGAUGGCUACCCACAUUCAUUCCAUCUCUCUCGAAAGCGAUUUUGAGGGAACAAAAAAUAUUGAUUAUAGAUUUGUCGAUUUGAUCGAUGCCAAGUCACUUCUGGACUACACCCUGCUUCCAUCCACUAUAGACUUCAAGGGUAGCAGUAAAGUACUGUUCGCCAGAGACACUUUGUCAUCAUCAGUCACUUGCAUUUGUGGUGUUCUCAUCACCAAAACCAAGCUCACUACACAUGAGCCUCAAGAGUCAGUGGUUCCUACCUCCGCGGCCACCCAGGUCUUAAAGAGCUUGGCCAACCUGUAUCUGAAGAGAAAGGCUGUGUUGCUUCACGGAAGAGCGGGUGCUGGUAAAACAUUCCUCAUCAAUCAAUUUGCGCGCUAUCUUGCUUGUGAUGAAGAUAUUGUUAAAAUCCACUUGGGAGAACAGACUGACGCAAAGUUAUUGACUGGAGCUUACACAUCUGGUGAAAAACCUGGAUCUUUUGAAUGGCGCUCAGGUGUUUUGACAACUGCUGUCAGAGAAGGCAAGUGGGUUCUUGUCGAGGAUAUUGAUAAGGCGCCUACCGAAGUCUUAUCGAUCUUGUUGACUCUUCUAGAGAAGCGGGAGUUGAACAUUCCAUCUCGUGGUGAAGUGAUCAAGGCUAAGAAUUCUUUCCAAUUAUUUGCCACUAUUAGAACACAGCCUGAUGAAUCCGGCCUGAAGCUCCCAGAUCUCAUAGGUAUGAGACUUUGGAACUGCAUUCCUGUCGACACACCUUCUGAAUUGGAGAUUAGAGCAAUUCUCAGUGCCAAAUUUCCGAUCCUUCAGAAUCUCAUCGCCAAGUUCAUAUCUGUGUAUGAGGCUGUUGUUAAGAUCUACUCUUCGGUCUCGUUUAUUUCAUUGAACAAGGGAUCCCAUCCCCGUGUGAUCUCGAUCAGAGAUCUUAUGAAGUUUUGCUCUAGAUGUAACGCAAUGCUCCUCAAUUCAGGCAUAACAUCCGCUAAUGAUCUUAUAGCAUCUACAUUAUAUGAAAAUAUCUUUUUCGAAGCUGUGGAAUGCUUUGGAAGUGCAUUGACUGAGUAUGGAGCCCUUCAUCCACUUGUUACAGUCAUCGGAGAAAUUCUUGAAGUGUCACCUUCGCGUGUGAACUAUUACCUUACUAAUUACGUUCCCUCUGUUCACGAUGACGAAGACAAGAUUGAGAUUGGAAGAGCUCUUUUGAAAAAGUCUGUCCAUGAUAAGGCUUUGUACGUGAAGAAGAAACUCGGAAAUGACACCAGUUUCGCCCGCACGAAGCAUUCCAGACGUCUCAUGGAACAAGUCGGUGUCGCGGCCCAGAUGUGCGAGCCAGUUCUACUUGUGGGUGAAACAGGUACUGGUAAGACCACCAUUGUCCAAGAGAUCGCGAAGAUGAUGAACAAAAAAUUGACUGUUAUCAACGUAUCGCAACAAACAGAGUCUGGUGAUUUACUUGGAGGAUACAAACCAGUCAACACGAAAACUGUUGCCAUUCCUCUCCAAGAGCGCUUUGAAAGUCUCUUUUUGGCAACUUUCUCGCAGAAAAAGAAUGCCAAAUUUUCAGAGCUUCUUUCGAAGUGUUUCAACCGCAAUCAAUGGAAAAAUGUCAUUAAACUUUGGAAAGAAGCUGUCAAAAUGGCAGAUGGUAUCCUUUCAAAGAAUGAUGAUUCUGACGAAGAGCAGAAUGACGGUAGCGCAAAGAAGAAGCGUAAACUUCAAAUGUCAGAGAAAACCGUUUUGCUUCAAGAAUGGAACAACUUCAAGCAAGAUAUCAUCAAUUUCGAGGCGCAGGCGUCUAAUCUCGCCAACUCCUUCGUGUUCAAUUUCGUUGAAGGUUCGUUGGUCAAGGCUAUCAAAAACGGAGAGUGGCUUCUCCUUGAUGAAAUCAAUUUAGCCUCCCCUGAUACCCUCGAGAGUAUUGCCGAUUUGCUCUCCGAAGAUUCUAGUCAGAGAUCUGUUUUGUUGAGUGAAAGAGGUGAUAUUGAUGCCACUAUUGCUCAUCCUGACUUUCGUAUCUUUGGAUGUAUGAAUCCAUCUACAGAUGUCGGUAAAAGAGACCUCCCUUCAAGUAUAAGAUCUCGUUUUAGCGAAAUCUAUGUUCACUCGCCAGAUAAAGAUAGAGAUGACCUCACAAUGAUUGUGGACCGCUAUAUCAACAGAUACGCUGUCGGUGAUGAAUGGGUCGUGGAAGAUAUAGCUGAGCUCUACUUAGCAGCCAAGGCCUUAUCUGAUGCAAACAAAAUUGUCGAUGGUGCUGGCCAGAAACCACAUUUCAGUAUCCGUACCUUGACUAGAACCCUCAUCUACGUGAGAGAAAUUGUUUCCAUCUAUGGUCUCCGUAGGGCAUUGUUUGAAGGUUUUUGUAUGGCCUUUUUGACCCUCCUCAACAAAGAGUCUGAAAACCUCUUGAAGCCCUUGAUUGAACAGUAUACCAUCUCGAAGCUCAAAAACGCCAAACAGAUUCUUUCUCGCUGCCCGCCCGCUCCUGCUGAUUCAGAGCGUGACUUUGUUCAGUUCAAACAUUACUGGCUCAGAAGGGGACCUGAGGAACCCUCAACACCAAAUUAUAUUAUUACCCCCUUCGUCGAAAAGAACUUGCUUAACCUUGUACGUGCCACUGCUACAAGGAAGUUCCCUGUCUUAGUGCAGGGUCCUACUUCCGCUGGUAAAACCUCUAUGAUCAAAUAUUUGGCAAACAUUACUGGCCACAACUUCGUUCGUAUUAACAAUCACGAGCACACUGAUCUUCAAGAGUAUUUGGGAACCUAUGUCUCAGAUUCCAGUGGUAAGUUGGUUUUCCGUGAGGGUGUUUUGGUCGAAGCCUUGCGUAAGGGUUAUUGGAUUGUUCUCGAUGAGUUGAACCUUGCUCCAACAGAUGUUUUAGAAGCUCUCAACCGUCUUUUGGAUGACAAUCGUGAAUUGUUUAUACCAGAAACACAAGAAGUUGUUCAUCCACACCCUGACUUCAUGAUUUUUGCAACCCAGAAUCCACCAGGACUUUACGGAGGUAGAAAGGUGCUUUCGAGAGCAUUCAGAAACAGAUUCCUCGAACUUCACUUCGAUGACAUCCCUCAAGAUGAGCUUGAGAUUAUUCUUAGGGAAAGAUGUAAAAUUGCGCCAUCAUAUGCAAAGAAAAUUGUUGAGGUUUACAGACAGCUUUCGGUUCAGCGUCAAUCUUCCAGACUUUUUGAGCAGAAGAACUCGUUUGCUACCUUGAGAGAUCUUUUCAGAUGGGCUCUAAGAGAUGCUGUUGGAUAUGAAGAGCUUGCAGCCAAUGGAUACAUGCUUCUCGCAGAGAGAGUUAGAUCUACAGAAGAGAAGCUUGUAGUGAAGGAAACUAUUGAGAAAGUCAUGAGAGUGAAUCUCGAUAUGGAUGCCUACUACCGUGGACUCGAAAACGAAAAGCUUAUGAGUGCGAAUACCUCUGUUGUAUGGACGAAGGCCAUCCGGCGCUUGUCUGUCCUUGUCGAGACCUCUAUUAAGUACAAGGAACCGCUCUUAUUAGUUGGAGAGACUGGAUGUGGUAAGACUACUAUCUGUCAAAUAUUGGCUCAACUACUUGGGCGCGAGUUGAUUACCGUUAAUGCCCACCAAAACACUGAAACCGGUGAUAUUUUAGGUGCACAAAGACCGGUACGUAAUAGAUUCGAAUUGAGGGCCUCUCUCAUUCAAAGUUUGAUUGGAUUCUUCUCGCAAGCUGGAAUCGAGGUGCCAUCUGAGUCGGCAACCUAUGAUGACUACAUUAAAUUGUUUCACUCUGCCAAGAAAGCUGUGGUAGCAGAUGAGAACAACCAGGUCAAUGCUGAUGAUGUAACCAACAUUGAGGAUAAGAUCAGGGAAUCAUCUGUCUUGUUCGAAUGGAAUGAUGGUCCAUUGACUCAGGCCAUGCGCGCUGGUGACUUCUUCUUGCUAGACGAAAUCUCCUUGGCUGACGAUUCUGUUUUGGAGCGUUUGAAUUCUGUUCUUGAGCCCGAGCGUAGUUUGCUAUUGGCCGAGAAAGGAACAGACGACACAUUUAUUGUCGCUGCUGAGACGUUUCAAUUUUUGGCUACCAUGAACCCUGGUGGAGACUACGGCAAAAAAGAAUUGUCUCCAGCUUUGAGAAACAGAUUCACAGAAAUAUGGGUGCCUUCUAUGGAGGACCCUGUGGACGUGAAACAAAUCGUAGCUUCUAAAUUGAGCGAGGAAAACAGCUCCUUGUGCGAAUUCUUGGUGGACUAUUCAUACUGGUUUGCUGACAUGCUCAGCAACGGCAAUGCUACCAGUGGUGUGAUCUCGCUCCGUGAUAUUUUGGCAUGGGUACAGUUUAUCAAUGCUUGUGGUCCAAACGUCCCGAGAGAGGUUGCAUUUCUCAAUGGUGCGCUCAUGGUUUUCAUCGACGCACUUGGAACAAACAACACUGCUUACUUGGCUGCGAACGAAGAAGCUUUGAUGGCGCAUAAACUCAUGUGUGUUAGAAAAUUGGCAGAGAUUAGUGGGUACCAUUUGGUGCCUCUCUUUGAAAAAGCUGACGUCAAAAUCGAAGUUACUCAAAGUAUGUUGAAAGCUGGCUUCUUCGAAAUUCCUCGUGAAAUAAUUGAUGAGGACAUAAGCGUAUUCAACUUGAGCGCUCCAACUACUGCUGCUAAUGCCAUGAGGGUCAUUAGAGCCAUGCAGGGAAAGAAGCCUAUUCUUUUAGAAGGAAGUCCUGGUGUCGGUAAGACAAGUUUGGUGACAGCCCUUGCUAAAGCAGUUGGUAGUCCAUUGGUGAGAAUCAAUUUGUCUGAACAAACAGACUUGAUUGACCUCUUUGGCUCUGACGCUCCUGUAGAUGGAGGAAACACGGGUGAGUUUGUUUGGCAAGAUGCUCCAUUUCUCCGUGCCAUGAAAAACGGUGAAUGGGUACUUUUGGAUGAAAUGAACCUUGCUUCCCAGUCUGUCUUGGAAGGUCUUAAUGCCUGUUUGGAUCACAGAGGAGAGGCAUACAUUCCUGAAUUGGAUAGAUCCUUCCCCUGUCACCCCGAAUUUAAGGUAUUCGCAGCUCAGAACCCGCAAUACCAAGGUGGAGGCAGAAAAGGUUUGCCCAAAUCUUUUGUCAAUCGUUUUUCGGUUGUCUACAUGGAUAUGUUAAAAACAGAAGAUUUGCGGUUGAUCUCAGAGAGGUUGUUUCCAGAAAUCUCUUCCAGUGAUUGCAACAAAAUGAUUUCGUUCAUUUCAGAGUUGGAAGAACAAGUUGUGGUCAAAAAGAGUUGGGGACAAUCUGGAGGCCCUUGGGAGUUUAACUUGCGUGAUACCCUUAGAUGGAUGAGCUUGUUGAGUGCAAGAAGACGCAGUCUUGUCUCAUUUCACCUCGAAGCCGGAGAUUUCAUCGAUAUGAUUGUAUGCCAAAGAUUCAGAAGCGAAGAAGACAAACUUCAAGCCAGACUGUUGUUCGUUUCCAUUUUUGGCGAGUUCGAAGCCAAGGACCCAAUUUAUGAUAUCGGUGUUGACUACAUCCAAGCUUGUGGCUCGAUGAUGGACAGAAGAACAGUCCUUUCUUAUGACAAUUCAUAUGAUGACACUCUUCUUAUCCCACUUCAAUCAAACUUCAGAAUCCUCGAGUCAGCUAUCCGCAGUGUCAAUGAUAACCUUCCCAUCGUUCUAACCGGACCCACUAACUCGGGUAAAACUAAUUUCAUCCGGUUUUUGGCAAAUGUUGUUGGUGUUAAACUUUCCGAGUUUGCUAUGAACAGCGAUAUUGAUAGCAUGGAUAUCUUGGGAGGAUAUGAACAAGUUGAUCUCACAAGAGAUAUGAACUCGAUUAUUCUGGAAAGUGUUGCUUUACUCAAUGAAUUGGUCGUUCUCAAUGCUCUGUCCAGCUCCACGAAUCAAUCUGUGAUGCACACAUGUCUUGCUUUGCUUGAUAUGGUAGAAACCAUGGUGAUAGACAGCGCUCAUUUCUUGGCCUUUGAGCAGAAGCUUGGUCAAUUCGUUUCGCUAUUCCUGAACGAUCAAUUAGUCGCUCUAUUCAAAAAGGUUGAAGUGUUGAAAAAGAAGCUCGAAAACGAAUCUUCGAAAGUAACUUUCAAUUGGUUUGACGGUAUGUUGGUAAGAGCAGUCACCAAUGGUGAGUGGUUGGUGUUGGACAAUGCUAAUUUGUGUAACCCAUCUGUAUUGGAUCGUCUUAAUUCUUUACUCGAAACCAAUGGCUCCCUUGUUAUCAACGAAUGCUCUCAAAAGGACGGCUCAGCUCGUGUUUUGAAACCUCAUGCAAACUUCAGAUUAUUUUUGACUGUUGACCCGAAGUAUGGUGAAUUGUCCAGAGCCAUGAGAAAUAGAUGUAUCGAAGUGUUCAUGGAUGAUUUAGAAGCUCGUUCGACUUCUUACGAUAAGAGAUGUUUGGGAUAUUCCGACGAAGAUGAAUUGUCUCACCAACCAUUGUCUUCAUUCGUAUCGGCUACUCAUUCCUCUGUCAGGCCAUUUGCUUCUAUUCACGACAGUAUCGACUCAUUGCAAGAUAUUCUUCCUUCUGCCUUAUCUGCCAUUCUUUCUAUAUCAAGCACUACCAUGGUCCUGGCAUGGGCUGACUCGCUAACUCCAUUCAUUGGCAAAGAGGCACCCGCAUUCGAUAUGAUCAAGAGAGUGAACAACUUUUUCCUACAUGAGGGAUUUGUGAAUGACGUGAAGAAUAGCUACUCUGCCAUCAACCUGAGUUCUCUUCUUGGUAACCAAAAAUUACACGUCAAAUUCAACGAAUACUUACAUGGCAUCUUAAGUCAGAAUGCUGGUCAGUACUCGAUCUCUGAUUUGACAGUUUUGUUUGAGGUGGCUAUUGGGAUCUUGAACACCAGAACAAUAAUUGAUAAUGUCGAAUUGAGAGCUUUGAAUGCUAAGGUCAACGAAUUGUCUUUCCUUGAAACCUCUGCCGCUGUCUCUCUCAAUAGAUCCAUCCGAAAACAACCAAGAGUGCAAGUGUACUCUUGCGUCAAGACUGUGGCCUCUAUCAUAGAAGAGAUUUUCCGCGCAUCGUUGAUCCCUGACCAUUUCCUCGACUCCGAUACCAAGAUCUACACUGCUUUGUUGGAGUUGCAAUCUGUUUGGAUCUGUCUUGUGAAGAGCAGCAAGACCCAAAACUUGUCUCAGCUCAGGGUCUAUUUGCAAUUGAUUAGUGAGUGGAUCUCAGAACAUGAACAUAUGGCUCUCGUUCAGACCUUUGCAUCUAAAUUUACCUCAUUGGAUGUUGGUUUGGAACUUAAGUCCGGUCUCUCCAUGGUUAAGAUUUGGAACAGAUUCAAGCAAGUUUAUCCUAAAUCUGAAGAUGCUUGGAACAACUUCGCCAACAUGUGCGUGUUGUUUUCAGAAUUUGACAAUAUUGUUAGGAAAUUGUACACAGAUGCUCAUCAAGAUGCAACAUCUUUACGUGAACUGAUCAUGAAUUUAUACAACGAUGUUGUUGCAGAGAAAACAAGCGGAGAAGAAUUGGACAAGAUCCUUGCAGCCAUUCAAAGUACCAUUCAGCGCUUGCAAGAUAUCUCCGAAACCUUUGUGGUGGAAAGACACAACAGACUUGAGGAUGAAUUUACUCAGGUGCACAAUAUUUUGGAGUGCUCCUCAUACUUUGAGAAGGUCGAUAUUCAGCAAUUGCUACAACUCGCGAAUUACUCCACUAAAUCUACCUUGUCCUUGGUUCAUGCUUCUAAGGGUGAAACUUUCAGUCCUUAUCCUAGAAUAUUUGACAGUUUGUGGUUGUCUGACAAGGAUUCAACGAAGCCAUUAUUCACAAAUGAUACAAUUUUGACUUCCCUUGUCAAGACAAUUGAUAUGUCAGAGUGUCCAGGUAAGUUCCUUGAUCAAGGACUCAAUGACUUGACCGCAUUACGAGACCAAUUGAUUGAAAACUCAGUUCCAAUUCUUAAAUCAUCCAAGGACAGAUUUUCCACCAUUCUUCUUGAUUGGAUUGUUGAAAUUCUUGGCCUUCAUGGCUUGAGUAGAUCUGAGAUCGAGUCGCAUGAUUAUGAGACCCUUUCAAAUCUAUUGGAAGAGCGUUGUGACUCACUUGUGGCUUCUGUUUUGAAAAGACUUGUUACUGUCGUCAACAUGCUUUCGCAGAAUCACAACACCGGAGAGUUAGGUAAAGCUUGGGUGCUUUUUGCUGCCAUUUGUAUCGAACUUUUCGUGCCAAGCUCCCCGCUAGACCCAGCUAUCGAAGAACACGUCAAACUGGAUGUUGAUGUCAACUUUUCUUCAUGCCUUGAAAAGAUUGCAAACUCUUGGAUGACCAUUCGCUCAACGUUAAGUGGAGACGAACCAACAAUUAUUGAAAAGAAUUGCCCAGUCGUUCCGGAAAAGCAUAUUGAAGAACUCCUGGUUUACAGAUCGACUGAGAGUAUUGAUCAGCUUUUUGAUGAAUGGAAUGCAUUCAUGGAAUCUGACAUUGGACCUGAACCAAUCAGUAAUCUACUCGCUGCUGCUUGUUCACUUGAAGACUCAGUGAAUGUUCUAAAAGUUGGUGUGUUCGAUAAGAACUCUAAUUCAUUUAUUUCACGUUUGACAAGGAAUUACUCUAUGUACGCUGAUUUGAAUGAUAUUUUGAUCGGUUUUGUGUACGCUGCAAAGCUUGGUCUUGGACUCAUGACCAUUCAAAACCAAACCGAUCUGGCAGCUGUCCAAGUUCCAUAUUCUUGGGGCUUGGAAUUGUCGAAUGUUCUCAACAUUGACUCUGUUGAAGACACUUUUGAAUCAAUCAAAUUGGUGUCGAAGUCGAUUGACAACUCUUCCCCACUUUGUGAGAAAUUGAUGCAUUAUUUCAUUAAUGUUUGUUUCUUCAAUGGUCACACAGAAAACUCUUUGGAGUUGGUGACAACAGAAGCAUUUCAGGCUCUUUACUACCGUUGGUAUUACCGCAGAAUGAAACUUGAGGAAUCUGAAGCAAAAGAUAGUUCCCUUUACAAAUAUAAAGGCUUGGAUGAUGGGGAUGAGGACUUCAUGGAGUUAUUCCCAGAUUUUGAUGAGGUAAUGACCUUGGACAAUGAAAAAGUGAAGUCUAACGAUUCUUUUGAGGAUGUGUACUUCUCGAUCGCCGAGUCUUACGUUCAGUAUUACUUGUUCGAGACCAGAGCUCCGUUGGCACAAUUGGUUGAGGAAGGUGCGGACCUUUGUAGCUUACUCAAAACUCAGCGUACUGACUUGAUUAAUGGUGACUGCAACAGCUCUCAAUUGGUUUCUUUGUUGCAUGUUAUGCAGAAGUAUCAACAAAAGUUUUCUACCGAGUCUGAUCGUGAAAUCAGUUUCUACCAUGAUGCUAGUCCAAAUGAGUAUGCUAAGGCUAUGAAGAUCAUCUUGUCGCUCUAUACGGCAAUUUCGGAGCUUCUUAAGCAAUGGCCUGAGCAUGCAACUUUGCAGAACAUUUAUAGAGGUUGCGAAGAGUUUUUGGGAUAUCCUUCUUCGUUUCCUCUCAACAAGCUUCUCCACAAAAUCGAAGUCAUAUUCAAUUACAUCACGGAGUGGGAGAAAUUUGCCUCGAGUCAAGUGAGUCUUAAAGCACAGGUAGACACAUUGACCGGAUUGAUUGUGUCGUGGAGAAGAUUAGAGCUUCUGUCCUGGAAAUCUCUAUUCAAACAAGAAGAAAUGGCAAUUCAGAAGAACAUCGGCAAAUGGUGGUUCCAUUUGUUCGAAGUGAUUAUCAUUCCAUUAUUUGGAUCUACUGAUGAGAAUGAGAAUCAGGAAGAUGAGAAAGAAGCAUCUCCAUCUAUGAUUCUAGCUGCUUUAAACGUCUUUAUGAGCGAAGCUAAAUUCGGCGAAUACCGAUCAAGAUUGAACCUCCUCAAGGCGUUCAGAAACCAUGUCCGUCAAAUUGCUACUGACGAGAUUGAUCUCAUCAACGGUUUUUCAAAUCUUAUCACUUUCUAUGACCUCUUCGUUCCUCAAUUGGAUGAGCAAAUUCAGCAAACCAAGAAAACAUUGGAGAAAGAUGUUUCUGAAGUCAUUCUUCUUGCAAGUUGGAAAGAUGUUAACGUUGACGCACUUAAGCAAAGUUCACGCAAAUCACACAACAACUUGUACAAGAUUGUUAGAAAGUACAGAGCUCUAUUGGCUACACCUGUUCACUCAAUGAUUGAAAAUGGUUUCACAAAUGAGGGAACUGGUUCCAAAUCCGUUUCUUUGAAACCAAUGGAAUACAUACCAAGAACGAGGGACGAGAAGUUGGAAAUUCUAGCAUUGUGUCAGCAAGUUGAAUCAUGGAACGGAAGAGCUGCCCAUUUGAAGAAAAUUGACACUCUUGAGAAUAACAUGAAGGUGUACACCAAUAGAAUUGCAGGUCACAAAUUGCCCAACCUUUAUGAGUAUGCACAAUCAGUGGUUGGUGAAAUGGAAAGACUCAAGAAAGAAACGCCUAGCGUGUUAAAUGAUGACAACAAAAAGAAGGUCGCCGCGUUGAAGACUCAGAAACACAAAUUGCUCAGUGACACACUCAAAGAAUUGAGACGUAUAGGUAUCAGCACUAGCGUCAAGCCAGAUGUCAAAAUUGCUUUGGCAACUGUGAACUCUAUUCUUGUUAACAGUGAAAGUUUUUCUGCCACCAGUCUUGAAAUGACUGAUGUGGAUUACUUCAGAAUUCUUGAGCUCUUGCCAAGACUCAGGGGAACAAUUUCAAGUGGAAAUGAGGAAGUACCACAAGUUGAUCUUGAAAGAGGUUUGGCUGCUGGAGAGAACUUAUUGGUGUCUUUAAUGACUUCUCGAAAGGCAAUGGUUGCAUUGGCUCAAUCUGUUGCUGAUAUUGAAUCAACAUACGCUGACUUCGAAUCACUUCUCAACAACAAGCAAAGUCUUCUCAAAGCAUCUCUUGUACCUACCUUUGAGUUCAACUCUACUCAAAUUCGCAAUUAUUCCAUUAACCUUCACAAGAUUUUGGACUUUGCAGUCGAAUUACUGACUACAUUGCCUCAAUUCCAAGGAUCAAAAAUCAAACAAAUUCUUUCGGCUGGUCUCGCCGAAUGCUCUCAAAUUCAGACUUCAUUACCUUCAAUCAAAACAAAGUCUUGUACUGAAGAAUCUCUUGAAUUCGUCAAUGUUUUCAAGACCUAUCUCACUAAAUUGCAGCGUGAUUUGACAACAACGAUCUAUGAGUCCCCAAAAAAUGGUUUCUUGGGCUUGCUUGUCUUAGAUUGGAUGGAUAAUGUGAAGUAUAGUCCAUUUGUGGACUCUUGUAACUCCCUUGAGGCAUUGAAUUGUGUGGAUGACUUCGAGAGGAGCUUAAAGAGAAUCACAAACAUCGGUAUUCUUUCUGUGCAGCAAAUUCUUGAACUACAAAAGGAUGCCAUUAGCGAUGAUGAUGAUAAAUGGUUCUCGCAAUCGCAACAACAACUAUUCAAGGAAGUGAAACUCCUUCGUCACACUCCAUUUGCUCAAGCUUUGAAGACUUGUCAGAAAACUUUAAAUCAAAUCGAACAUAACGAUGAAAGUUCAGUCCUCUGCAAAGCUUUAUUGAGUUUCACUAUGCCAGUUAUUUCCCAUUACAGAAAACUCUCUAAUUCUUUGUUGGCUAAAGUCAGCACAAACUUUGGAAAUGUUUCGAAAUCAACAUUCAUCCUCACUAAAUCUUUGCAUACUCUCGCAACUAGUGGAUUUUGCUCACCCGAGCCGCCAUCGGAACAAAAGAAUGAUGACAACUUGCAUGAUGGAACAGGUUUGGGAGAUGGAGAGGGUGUCAACAACAACUCUAAGGAUGCAGAAGAGGAUGAUGAUUUGACGGAGCACGCACAGCAGCCUAAUGAAGAAAAGGAUAAAGAUGAUGAAGAUGAUAAUGAAGAUGAUGACGCGGUGGAAAUGAGUGGUGAUAUGGCUGGCGAUCUCGAAAACAUGUCUGAUCAGGAUGGUGAUGAUGAAGAGGACGAUAAGGAAGAAGAAGAGGAUCUCGACGAGGAGAUUGAUGACCUUGAUGAUCUUGAUCCAAAUGCCAUUGAUGAAAAGAUGUGGGAUGAGGAAGCAAAAGAAGAUCAAAAGGAGAAGGAGCUGGACAAUGUUCCCGAUAAUUCUGUCCAAGAUGACCAAAACAUGGAAGCCAACGAAGACAACGAGGAAGCUCAAGAUGAAUCAAAGGAUGACAAAGAAUCCAAUGAGAAUGACGCCAAUGACGAGAAUGAUGAUGAUGGCGAGGAAGAAGACGUUGGCGAGCAAGAGGAUGAGGUCAGAAAUGAUGAGGGCGAAGCCCUUGAUGAUCAUGUGCCUGAGUCUGAGGCCUUGGAAUUGCCAGAAGAUAUGAACUUGGACGACGACCAAGAUUCCGGAAAGGAGGAAGAGGAAGAAACUCUCGAUGAUCCAAUGGAUGUAGACGAGGAAGACCAAGCUGACCCUCUUGACAAGUCUAAGGCUGAAGAGGAUGAAUCUGCUGAAGGUGGAGAGGAUGAUCAAAAUGAUGAUGAACAAGAAGCUGAAGAAGGUGAUGAGCCUUCUACAGAAGAUCAAGAAACAAAUGAGGAUCCCGCAGAGGAAAAUGAGGCUGAAAACGAAGAAGCUGAUGGAGAUGAUGCUGGCAAUUCUGAUGAAGAGGUUGGCAACGACAUGGACGAAGAAGAAACUCAGCCUGAGAAUCAAGAGAAUGAGACCAAUGCAGAGACUGACGAGACGGCUAUGGGUGAAGAAGGUGCCGACAAUCAGAACGAAGAUGACGUAGACAUGGAUGCUGCGGUCAAGACUGAAGCUGGUCACCAAGGUGAAGGAGCCGAGGAACAAGUUGGUGAAGAACAGAACGAUAUUGGUGCUUCAGGCGAAACUGCCAUGGACACGAAGCAAGAAGAGCAAGAUAGUGUAAACGAAGACAGCGCUCGUGAUCAAAUGAAGGAGUCUAUAAAGCAACUCGGUGACUCCCUCAAGGAAUUCCAUCGCCGCCGAAACGAGAUUAAGGAGGCUGCUAACGAAGAAGAGAAGCAGGAAACCGAGGAGCAGGCCAAUACCAAACCAGAUGAGUUCCAGCAUGUCGACGGUGAAAACUCGAAACAUGACACUCAAGCCCUCGCUGCAGCUGACAAUAAGGAUCAAGUGCAAAGCAUUGACGAAGACUUGGCUAUUGAUGAAGAGGAACAAGAAGAUGAGAAUCAAGAACAAGCUGACCCAAUCAAGCCAGAAUCUGACGACAUGGAAGUCGAUAAAGAGUCGGGCGACGAUGCUCAAGAAGCUGAAGAUGCUGAUGAUUUUGAUGGAAAACCACAAGGUGGUGUUGUCGGAGAACGGAAAGAACGCUCAGAGUUGGAUGCAGAUGCAAUUAAGAAUGAGCUUGAUUUCGAAGAGGACGAGCGCUUCGAUGAGGAGAAUCAUGUCCAAGAAGACUACAAUAUCUCCAAGGAUGAACAACCAUACUUGGAUAUAGCCACUGCCCGUGAUUUGUGGAAGCAGAGUGAAUUGGCUACUCAAGAGUUGGCCUCUGGUCUUUGCGAACAAUUGAGAUUGAUCUUGGAGCCAACUCUAGCUACCAAGUUGAGAGGAGACUAUAAGACUGGUAAGAGACUCAACAUGAAGCGUAUUAUCUCUUACAUUGCUUCUGACUUUAGGAAAGACAAAAUCUGGCUUAGAAGAACUAAGCCCGUCAAGAGGCAAUACCAAAUCAUGAUAGCCGUGGAUGACUCCAAAUCAAUGAGUGAAAGUGGAUCAACUGAACUUGCUCUCAACAGUAUUGCCUUAGUUCUGAAGGCAUUGACCCAGUUGGAGAGUGGUGGCUUAUCUAUUGUGAGAUUCGGAGAAGAUGUCAAAUUGGUUCAUCCAUUUGACAGGCCGUUCAAUCAAGAUGUUGGAGCAAACGUAUUCAGAUGGUUUGACUUCCAGCAAGAGAGGACUGAUAUUAAACAGUUGUGUUCCAAGUCUCUCAAAAUAUUCGAGAACGCCAGAUCUUCUAGCAAUGCAGACUUGUGGCAAUUGCAAAUCAUUAUCUCUGAUGGUGUUUGUGAAGAUCAUGAAACUGUCAGACGUUUAGUCAGAAGGGCACGUGAAGAAAAGGUCAUGCUUGUCUUUGUGGUUGUCGAUGGAAUCUCAUCCAAGGAGUCCAUUUUGGAGAUGUCUCAAGUCAGCUAUGUUCCUGACCCUGUCACUGGUGCAAUGACUUUGACUGUUGAAAAUUACUUGGAUACAUUCCCAUUCGAGUUUUAUGUUGUUGUGAGAAACAUUCAUGAGCUCCCAGAGAUGCUUUCGUUGAUUUUGCGCCAAUACUUCUCUGAGGUCGCCAACAUGUGA